UCAACCUUGAUAAACCUGAAGCCUGGUAUCAUAACCUUUCCUUACAUAGAUUUUGAGUUUCCACUCUGAUGUCAUUCUGACAUUUUAGAAAGGAGAAAACUGAAAGCAGACAAUUUGAACCUAACUUUUGUAGUAACCUCAAACUAGUCUUGACCUGCAAGGAUCUGUCAGAAUGCCGCAUGAUCAUCAAAUCUUUGAAUCUGGCUUGAUGAAGAAUCUGGUCGCUCCUGGAAAUGCAUUUGCACUCGCUUUCAUAUUUCUUAUUUUUCAGUACUCCUUCAGACUGGACUUCCAAUGUCCAUGCAAUGCUUAUAACAACACGGCUUUCUGUAUAUUGUAUGCUGCUCUUCCAUUCUGCGGACUUUGGCUUAUACUGACUUUGACUACUAAAACAAGUAGAAUAAUGUGUGCACAGUGUUGUACUUGCUCCGGUCCACAACGUUCAUGGAGAUGCUGCUGUAGGAUUACCUGUACACAGAUUUUCAGAAAUGUUGUACUUUCUGCAUUAUGGAUUGUAACGGUUUUGAUUGAUGGUGAUGCUUUGGUUUGCUGGAUACUAACAGAAGGAAAUGUAACACAUUGGCAUGAUCAAAUUCCUUGUAAAGAGACGGAAAAGCUUACUGCUGAAGAGUCUCAGAAUAUUAGACAUUACCAGGCACUAUCACAGGUAGCUGGCCUGUCAGUUCUCUUUAUUUUCCCACUGAUUUGGUUUUUAGUUUCCAUAAUUUAUCAGUGUUCUAAAACACCAUACAAAUCUUUAUUUGAAGAUAUUUACGAAGAGGAGACAAUGAGGUGCAUCGAAAUAGAAAUGCAAGAGAUGAUAAAAACAAAAACUAAAGAAGACUGUAGAACAUAUUUAAAUGCAAUUAAUAAUAGUAACAUGGACUGGAAGAAACUGACCGAAGAACUUAUUCAACUAAUUACAAAACAGAAUCCACUAAUCCAGAAUCCUGACCCAAACCAGAAUCCUCUCAAUCAGAAUCCUCCUCAGCCAAACCAGGAUCCUCUGAAUCAAAAUCCUCCACCAAACCGGAAUCCUCUUCCACCUAACCAGAAUCUUCCUCUGCCAAACCAGAACCCUCUGAAUCAAAAUCCUUCUCCGCCAAACGGGAAUCCUCCUCCACCAAACCAGAACCCUCUGAAUCAAAAUCCUUAUCCGCCAGACCGGAAUCCUCUUAAUCAAAAAUCCCCCUCUAUUCAACCAGAAUCCUCCAACACCAAGCCAGAAUCUUCUUCCGCCAAACCAGAAUCCUCCUCUUCCAAACAGAAAUCCUCCUCCGCCAAACCUGAACCCUCUGAAUCCAAAUCCUCCUCCGCCAAACCUGAACCCUCUGAAUCCAAAUCCUCCUCCGCCAAACCGGAAUCCUUUGAAUCAAAAUCCCCCUCUAUUCAACCAGCAUCCUCCUCCACCAAGCCAGAAUCUUCUUCCGCCAAACCAGAAUCCUCCUCUUCCAAACCUAAAUCCUCCUCCGCCAAACCAGAACCCUCUGAAUCAAAAUCCUCCUCUGCCAAACCGGAAUCCUCUGAAUCAAAAUCCCCCUCCAUUCAACCAGAAUCCUCCUCCACCAAGCCAGAAUCUUCUUCCGCCAAACCAGAAUCCUCCACCUCCAAACCGAAAUCCUCUUCCACCAAACCAGAACCCUCUGAAUCAAAAUCCUCCUCCGCCAAACCAUAAUCCUCUAAAUCAAAAUCCCCCUCCUCCAUUCAACCAGAAUCCUCCUCCAUCAAGCCAGAAUCUUCUUCCGCCAAACCAGAAUCCUCCUCCUCCAAACUGAAAUCCUCCUCUGCCAAACCGGAAUCCUCUGAAUCAAAAUCCCCCUCCAUUCAACCAGAAUCCUCCUCCGCUAAAUCCUAAUCCUGCUCCACAAAACCAAAAUCCUCCUCUGCUAAAUCAUUAAAUGACAUGCAUCCCCUCAACAAACAAUGGAAUACAAAUUAAAUGUAUUACUUGUUUUUCCUAACAAAUAAAAUGUCAACAUUUUGUAAGACAAAUGCAACCUGAACUACAGACCUAAACAGUGUUUUAUUUUGUGGUUUAGCUGAAGAGGAUUCUGAAUGAGCUAUAUGGGCUACUGAGCAGCUGUUAUGAUGUGACAAAUUUAAGGAAUUGUGUUUAGUGUUUGAAGAUUUGGGUUAUUAGUAUAAAUCUGGGUAUUAUUAGGUUAGGUCAAGUACAUCAGCCACGUUCUGGCUACAUUUGCAUGCUGUAAUUUGGAACAGUUUCAACAUACUGCAUAAAUGUUUUUUACUGUCAUGCUUUUCAUAAAAACUUGUUUGAAGACAUAAUGAGUGUCAUUUUAGAGUUUUACAAAAAACAAAUAAAUGCUUUUGAAUUUUCUGAAAUAUAAGUGGUGCUUUCUCAGGUUUGCGGGCAAUGUGGGUGGG